CGGUCGGGCCCCCGGCUGCUCCCUAGGCCGACCCGGGUUGAGAGGCGCUCUGGUCCUCUGGCUGUAGCUGGGAGAGACUUGGGUCAGACUUAGAGGGGACUUCCAAACGGCGCGCGGGGUGGUCAGGGUGGAGAGGCUGGCGGGCUACCGGGAUGCCGGGCAUCAGGGGCUGGAUGGAGCCGGGCCGGCGCUCUGGGUACUCAGAGACGUCGCCCAGGUGCCCCGCCGACCGCCCGGCUCACUGCGGCGCUUCCCUUGCAGGGCCGCGCGGGGCGCUGAGCUUACUGCUCCUGAUGCUGGCGCCGCCGAGCCGCCCGGCCGCAGAUUGCCCGGCGCCCUGUAGCUGCGCGGGGACGCUCGUGGACUGCGGGCGCCGGGGGCUGACUUGGGCCUCGCUGCCGACCUCCUUUCCUGUCCACACAACCGAGCUGGUGCUGACCGGCAACAACCUGACGGCGCUGCCGUCGGGGCUGCUGGACGCGCUGCCCGCGCUGCGCACCGCACACUUGGGCGCCAACCCCUGGCGCUGCGACUGCCGCCUUGUGCCGCUGCGCGCCUGGCUGGCCGGCCGCCCCGAGCGUGCGCCCUACCGCGACCUGCGUUGCGUGGCGCCCCCAGCGCUGCGCGGCCGCCUGCUGCCCUACCUAGCCGAGGACGAGCUGCGCGCCGCUUGUGCUCCCGGCCCGCUCUGCUGGGGGGCGCUGGCGGCGCAGCUUGCGUUGCUGGGCCUUGGGCUGCUGCAUGCGUUGCUGCUGGUGCUGCUGCUGUGCCGCCUGCGGAGGCUGCGCGCCCGCGCCCGCGCUCGCGCCCGCGCCGCACUCCGGCUGUCGCUGACCGACCCACUGGUGGCCGAGCAAGACGGAACCGACGAGUCCUGAGGAGAGAACCGGCGUGUCCUGAGGAGAGAACCGGCGCUGGGCAACGCGGACCUGCAAACUCGACAGGACGCUACCCGAGGGGCCCUCGCGCCAACCUGGACCGGUCUCCGCCUCCUCCGCUGUCCAAUCUCUCAUACCCACCCCACCUGCAGGCCCAGACCACGUGGGACAGAACUCCUGCCCACCCUACCCCGAGGGAGGCGAACCCACACCUCCAGGCUUGGGAGGACCAUGGGGCACAAUGCGGUCCAGACCCUGCCUGCGUCUCCCCUCCAAACUCUGGUGCUGAAUAAACCCUUCUGGCCUUCUCUGCA